UCCACAUCUCUGGAGGAACAGGAUCAGCUGAUCUAUAGAAGAAUGGAGAAAAGUCACCACUGUUCAGACUGUGGGAAGAGUUUUGCUAAGGAGAUUUAUCUGAAAAGACACCAGCGCACUCACACUGGAGAGAAACUGUAUCCCUGCUCAGACUGUGGAAAGAGUUUUAGUGAACUGAGCAAUCUAAAAACUCACCAGCGCGUUCACACUGGAGAGAAACCGUAUCCCUGCUCAGAUUGCGGGAAGAGUUUUAGUCAACUGAAUAAUCUCAGAACACACCAACGCAUUCAUACAGGAGAGAAACCACAUCACUGCACAGACUGUGGGAAACGUUUUGCUCAACAAGGUACUCUCAAAAAACACCAGCGCAUUCACACUGGAGAGAAACCGUAUCACUGCUCAGACUGUGGAAAAAGUUUUAAUGAACUGAAUUAUCUCAAUAAACACCAGCGCAUUCACACUGGAGAGAUGCCAUAUAACUGCUCGGCGUGUGGAAAAAAGUUUAGGCAACUUAAAAAUCUCAAAACACACCAGCGCAUUCACACAGGGGAACAACCGUAUCACUGCUCAGACUGUGGGAAGAGUUUUAAUUGGCUGACUCACCUUAAAACACACCAGCGCACUCACACAGGAGAGAAACCGUAUUACUGCGUAGAGUGCGGGAAGAGUUUUAAUGAGCUGAGUGCUCUCAAAAAACAUCAUCGGAAUCACACUGGAGAGAAACCGUUUCAGUGCUCAGAUUGUGGGAAGCAUUUUUAUGAACUAGGUAAUCUCAAAAUACACCAGCGCUUUCACACUGGAGAGAAACCAUAUCUCUGUUCAGACUGUGGGAAGAGUUUUACGACGCAGAGUCAUUUUAAAGUACACCAGCUCAUUCACACCGGAGUCAAACCGUAUUAUUGUUCAGAUUGUCAGAAAAGCUUCAGGUAUUCAAAAACAUUAAAGAAACACAAGUGCAUUAACAACAUUGAAGAAAAUAAGCAAAAAGACUUCAUCGGCCACCCAGGUCCUAAUGCAGAUUCUGAAGCCUGAAUUAUGUUAUACUUCUGCUUUGAGUCUUUGGUGUAAUCCAGGGGUGUCCAAACUUUUUUGUUGGGGGCCAGAAGGAAAAAAAGUCAUGGGCCACAGACUCUAUAAUAAAACAAAUAAUAAAAUAUAUACCACUUUAAAUAAUACAUUUUCCUGAUUACUUUCAUUUACACACCAUUUUACUUGACUUAUUAUCUUUAUCUAUCUUUGACAGUGUUGUGUAAACUAAGAUGUUUCAAAUUGAUGUUUCAUUUCAUGAUAUCUCUUAAUAUUAAACUCCUUAAUUACGGCAACUUUUAGACUCUUUGGCCCGUUUUUCUGCGCUAGAAAUGCACACUCUCUCCGCUUUUAGACUCUUUGGCCCGUUUUUCUGCGCUAGAAAUGCACACUCUCUCCGCUUUUAGACUCUUUGGCCCGUUUUUCUGCGCUAUAACUGCACACUCUCUCUUCACUUUUGGACUCUUUGGCCCAUUUUUCUGCGCAACAACUUCACUCUCACCGCUUUUAGACUCUUUGGCCCGUUUCUGACACCUAGCGUUCAAACUUUGAAUCUCACAUUAUAAAAACCUGCUUAACAGCGGGCCAACUUUCAUUCUAUUUAUAAAAUACCUCGCGGGCCACUCCAAAAAAGGAAACGGGCCGCAGUUUGGACACCCCUGGUGUAGUCUGUGGGAGUUGUCUACACUGUUGUGCAUGGGUGUAUACUUGUGGUUUGUGUGUUUGCUUUGUUCUCGGAAGCUGGAGGCUCAGUGGACCAAUCACAGUUGAUGCUUCUGCUUUGCUACGCAGCUUAGUUACUUUUCUGUGGAGGUGGGUCAGGCUAUGCCGUAGGUGGACUAAAACGUGGACAGAAGGGGCAAAUGAAGACAACCUCCACCAAACACUCUGAUUGUUGAUUGUUUUAUAAAUGUAUAUUCUUGAGAAGUAUAUGAUCAUUAUGUAUUAUCUUUAGCUGAGAUGUUCUGCUCAAGGCCAUUAUCAGAAUGCUUUUGCUGUUUUUAAGAAAAAGAAAAAAAACAGAAUGAAAAUGUAAUGAGUUUCGUCAAAAUAAUAGUGUACAUGAAUUAUAAAAAAACAUAAAACUGUUACAUGCUCAUUACAGCUAUUGAGGAUGACCUCCAAAAAAUGCAUGUUUGUGAAUGUAAUAUAGACAAUGUUUUCAAUGCUUUCAAUGUAUUGUGCAUUAUUUUGUACAAAAGGUAUAAUGUUUUUGAUUUAAUCUGUUUAGAAGUUAAGAAGAGGGGACAUUAAAUGUGCUCUGAAACGCUAACUGUGCUUUUAGCUCUCUCUGUCUUUGGGUUGUAAAUGUAAAUGUGUUGACACUACAUAAAAAUAAAUGUACUCUACCUUA